AUGCCCCGCCCCCUCGAGUCCGAAAAGGCCACCCUCGCCGACAUGCCACCCCUCACCAAAUCCCCCAGCCAAGCCGUCGACAACAACUACGAAAACGACCCCGGCGACCGCCUGCAAAAAGACCUGCAAAAGGGCCGCCAGCGCGACGAGCUGCACCCGCUCGUCCACACCCUCAAUCCCUCCUACAUCGACUCGUGCGACCGGCUCGAGCAAGCCGCCUUCCCGCCCGCCGAGCGCGCAUCGCGCGACAAGUUCGCCUACCGCCUCACCGUCUGUGGCGAGCUGAGCCUGGGCCUCUUCACGACCGCUCAAAUCCCCUCGGCCGCCACGGCCGACGCCGCCCACCUCGUCGACUCGGCCGCCCCGGACCGCAAGGAGCUGCUGCUCGCCCACGUCUCGGCCACCAAGACGCGCAACACCACCGUCCGCGACCCGGACAUGGACUUCCCGCCCGACUGGCGCGAGCGCGGCACCAGCGCGUCCGUGGCCCACGACAACCAGCUCGGCCACCAUGAGGACGGCCGCACCGUCGCCAUCCACUCCCUCGCCGUCGACCCGGAGCACCAGCGCCGCGGCCUCGGCAGGACCCUGCUGAAAGCCUAUAUCCACCGCAUCCAGAUGAGCGGCGUCGCGGACCGCAUCGCCCUCAUCUCCCACGGGCCCCUCGUGCCGUUUUACGAGUCCCUCGGCUUCGAGCAAAAGGGACCCAGCUCCGCGCAGAUUGGCGGCGGCGGGUGGAUCGAUAUGGUCCUCGAGUUCCCCGAGCAGCCGACCAUGCAGCAGCGCUUCCAGCAGAGCUAG